ACUUUACACUUUUGAAUGUAGUAGUAAAGUUUAAUAUAUAGUGCUUAAUAUAAUUAUAUAAACAUACUAAUAUAUUCCAAAUGGCAAGUUACAAUACACAAGAUGUUAAAAAAAUAGAACUUUCCUACAAGCCAGCCCUGCAGACCCACCAUCAUCAGCCAUUGCAUUACUCUUCCCCUGCUCAAGUUGCUGCUCCAAUACAAACUCAGCAGCAAGUUUCUCGUAACAUUGUUAAUAAUUCUCCACAGUUUUCGCAUCAAAGCAAAUAUGGUGAACUCUUGAAUGUUAUUGAAGAUCUUGGAAGAGAAAUUAAACCUACUUAUGCUGGGAGUAAAAUGGCUCAAGAAAGACUGAAAAAAGGAAUAAUGCAUGCAAGAACACUUGUACGGGAGUGUUUGGCUGAAGUUGACAAAAGUGCUAGACAAUGAAAAAAACACUUUGGUUUUAAAAGUUUGAUGUUUUUGACUAGAAUUGUGUUACGGUGAUUGAGCUGCAAUUUAAAGAUGGUUUGAAUUGACUUUCUAGAUAAACAACAACAGAAAAUACUGUUUCCUAAUUUAAAAGUAAAACAAUAUCAAUUUUUUUUCAA